ACGCCGACAGGAAGCCCAGUGGAGGAGUCGCUUUUCAACCUCGCCCCUGUCACUCCUGCUUGCAGCGGUGAUGUUUGUGUAGCGACAGCAGCGACAAUGCCCGUGCAGAGUCUGCCAGUCCGGGACGCGUCCAUACAUUUCCGUUUACUACAGCAGUAUCUGGUUCUUCUGAAGAAAUACCCCAUCCUCACCAAAUCUGUGACGAGUGGCAUCCUCUCGGCUUUAGGAAAUCUUCUGUCUCAGAUUUUGGAGGCAAGAAAAAAGGCCACAAAUGGAGCCCUGGUCAGUGAGAUUGACUCAGCUGGAGCUACACGCUAUGCCAUUUACGGGUUGUUUAUUACAGGACCAGUGAGCCAUUACUUCUACCAGCUGAUGGAGGUGUGGAUGCCCACCACAGACCCGUACUGUAUAGUCAAACGACUGCUACUGGAUCGGCUUCUUUUUGCCCCCGGCUUUCUGCUCCUUUUCUACUUUGUUAUGAACAUCCUAGAGGCUAAAGGGUGGGAAGACUUUGAAAAGAAGAUGAGAAGAAGUUACUGGACGGCUUUGAAGAUGAAUUGGAAAGUUUGGACUCCCUUCCAGUUCAUCAAUGUCAACUUUGUGCCUGUUCAGUUCAGAGUGCUGUUUGCCAACAUGAUCGCCUUAUUUUGGUAUGCCUACCUUGCAUCGGUGAGGAAAUGAUGCGUCUGAAGAUUUCUUCACAGAAAACAAAUCUGGAAGAAAGAAAAUCUUCUCAGAGGCUUCGUUGCAUGCCUGUGAAUGCCAGAGAACUCAGAUAAUUCAACCGGCUGCCUAGCGUACAAUUUUAAACUUUUUCCUAAUCUGGACAGUAAUUUUCACUUAGACCAGGUCUUCUGAUUAACUCCUAACAAGCCUGUGCAAUGGGGUUAAGCCAUUAUAACAUGCUGCUAUGAUGUUUUGGAAACUUGACUGUGUUUGUAAUAACAGAACUUAAUAAGUGUAGUUUGUAAUAAAUGUAUUCUUUUACAGA